UCGGGCUGCAGUUGUAUUUUGUUACUCGUUCGGAUAGGACGUGAAUUCGGGGUGAAUCCAACACGACCGGGUUUCGUGUAUCGUGUACCGGUUGGAUCUAAAGUAUUUUAUCUUUUUCACAAGUACUAAGUAGAAGAUUGAUUCGUUCCUGUAUCAGUGUGUUUUUAUCUUUAUCGAUUGUAGAAGGUAACGACCGACGAAAAGCAAGAUGGCGCUCACCUUGAGUGGAAAUUUGGUGAAAUACCUACUUUUCCUGUUUAACUUUCUCUUCGUGAUAACCGGCAUAGCGAUUAUGGCCAUUGGCCUCACGGUGCAGGGUGCCUAUCACAACUUCCGGGAGAUCCUCGAUUCGCAGUUCUUCAGCGUGCCCACUUUCCUGGUGGUGAUCGGAAGCUUCAUCUUCGUGAUUGCCUUCUUCGGAUGCUGCGGCGCUUACAAGGAGAACUACUGCAUGACCCUAACCUUCUCCGUUCUGUUGGUAUUGAUUUUCAUCCUGGAACUGGCUGCCGGAAUCAGUGGUUAUGUGCUCAGGAAUCAGACCUACAAUCUGCUCCAGUCGACCAUGCAGACCUCGAUGAAGCAAUACGGAGGAAAUACUAGCCAGGAAAUUACCUAUCUGUGGGACGAGAUUCAAGUUGAUUUCGACUGUUGUGGAGUCAAUAACUAUUCGGAUUGGCAGACAAGUAAUCCAGAUAAGUUCAAGGAUACCAAUCUCCCGAUGAGCUGCUGCCGAUCUUCACCAGGUGCCGUCGGAAUGGUCAAAUGUAUGGAUCCGGAAAACCCGAAAACAUUGCGAAGCACUCCAUGUGUCAAGUCCUUUGGAGAUUUCAUCAAAUCCCAUGCCGUUAGCCUAGGAGCGGCCGGUAUUGCGAUCGCAGUUAUACAGUUUUUCGGCAUCCUCUUUGCUUGUCAUCUUUCGAGGCAAAUCAAAAACCAGAAUGGCCACACUGGUUUCUAAGUCCUAGUGGCUCAACAAUUGUGAUCCUUGAAGAACUUUCAUAUACUUUGCGGUUGUAAAACGAGAGUCCAAAAUGUUUUUACCGUUACGUUUUAGCUUUUGCACUCUAGCUUAGAUGCCAUGGAAACACGCUUGUUUAGAAAUUUU